UAUUUUUGGUAAUGACCCGUUAGUUUUUAUUAUUUGUUUCUCACUCCAAUUCUUAUUAUAAGCAUAUUGUUGUUGCUCUUAAAAAUGCAAUUUCUUAUUUUGGAGACUUAUUGCAUGUAUUUUGUUUUUGCAUAUUUUGAAUAUAAAUAAACAAGUUGAGUUGGUACAUUGGAAGUGAGAAACAAAUAAUAUUACAAUAACAACAGUGUAGCCCUUAUUUACAUGAUCAAUUGUUAGGCUUAAGAAAAGAAUUUUUAAAUAAAUAAAUCAUUGUCAUAGUUGAAUUCAAUCGAACAACAUCAUCUUUUAUUCGUGUCUCGGUACCACGGUAGUUCUUUUGUGUUUGUUAAUUAAUCACUGCCCAUCGAACAUUUCAGCAACCUAUAGACAACAAUUCAAAGUAGACCGAAUUGUUCUAUAUCGUUGCCGGUGAAGAAAAAGCUCUUCAUCGUACAUUUUUGGCGCCCAACGUGGGGCAAGUGAUUAAUCUAAAUCUUCCUAAAUUUGUCGUUCUCGGUCCGUGGUAUAUUCUAAAAACUUUUUGUUGUAGUACAACUUAAAGAAAAAGUUUACGGUCAUAUUGUGAAGUGGAAACAGUGGUUCUAUUACAAGGGCAAUAUCUAGUGCUACAAAAAGAAAAAUAAAAAACUUUGUGGUUCAAUAAAAAAAAAACCUAUGCAACAAAAAAAUUAUAAAUCAUUUAAAAAAAAACUAGACAGUGCAACAUAUAACAAAAAAAAAAACUGUUAAACAAAUUUGUAGUGACGUACCUACUACAAAUCUAUUUUUUUUUAAUACCUAUUACAAACAUUAUACAAAUUUUGUCGGCUCGCUAAAUAGAAUCAGUUUUUGUCGAAAAAUAAAAUAAAUAAAAGUGACUCUAAAAUUUUACCGCAAAUUUUUAUGUACAAAAAUAAAUAAACUUUGUUCGCUCGUAAUUCGGGUUAAAUAAAUUUACCGCUAAUCUUUAUAUACAAGAAAAUACAUAAAUUUGUUCGCUUUUGGUUCCAGUACAUAAUAUAGAAUUUUGUGUAUACUAAAUUUGUCGCUCGGAAUAUUGCGGUACAUAUUUAUAUAGAAAGUGAAUAAAUACAUAAAGUUUGUAUAUAAACAUUUUUGGCGUAAAACUUUUGGCGUCGGUGCUCUACAAUACAUAGUAUCAUCCAUUUUGAAAUUUGUUUUUGGAAAUUUUUGGCUCACUUAACCAAACUUUUGGAAAUUUAUGAUGACUUUGGAAGAGGUUAAGCAGCAACGGGCUAAUACGAAGAAGAGUAUUACCCGCAUCAAGAACCAAAUCGAAGCCAAUGGAAGGGGUGAAGAUAUUGACGUAUCAAACACAAAUUGAAAAAUAUGAUCCCGAGGAUAAUGCUAGGCCCGAAAUUGAAGAUUUGUACAUCUCAGCCAAAAUGAAUAUCCAGUCGCAGCUUGGUGAAGAUGUUCAUAACACAACGUUGUCCGAGUCCACCAUUUGUUUCCCAGCUCCCAGCCAUAAAUUGCCCCAACUCAAAUUGCCCACAUUUAGUGGUAAGUACAGUGAAUACAAGAAUUUUAUAACGUCGUUCAAUCAAGUUAUCGAUCGUGAGUUUGGCCUAUCAAAUAUUGAAAAGUUUAAUCAUUUGCUCAACUGCCUCCUAGGCCAAGCUCUAGAAACGGUCAAGGCUUUCCAGAUUACGAACGAAAAUUACCCGAAGGCUCUGGAAAGGCUCAAAACGCGUUAUGAUAAUAGCUCGCUUAUUUUUAUGGAAAAUAUUACCGCCCUUUUUGAACUUCCUGCCAUGUCCAAAUACAAUUGUGCCCAAUUACGAAGUCUCGUCGAUAAUGUUUCUGCCCUUUAUAGUUCCUUACUGUCUCUUGGCUCACAUAGUGAUAUUGCUAAUUCCAUGCUGAUUUACAUAGUGAUGGAAAAAGUGGAUGAAGAUACCAGAAGAAAGUGGAAAGAUUCCUUGGACUUUACCAGAUUGCCAACAUGGGAUGAUUGCUUCAAGGUCCUUGAAAGGCGUUGUCAAUUUUUGGAAUCGGUUGAUACCAACCAUACUUUUGUGGCCCCUCGUAAGCCUGAUCAUCAAUCUGGUAAGUCCAAAUCUAAAAAUUCAAAACCUGGCUAUACUUUUUCGGUAUCAAAACGCUCUUGUGUGCUUUGCUCCAAAUCUGACCACUCAAUUAGUCGUUGUUCUCGGUUCAAAGAUAUGGAUGUUAGUCAAAGGUAUGAAAAUGCAAAACGUCUAAGCCUUUGUCUAAAUUGUUUGUCCAAAGGGCAUCAAGUAAGUAGUUGUUCCUCCACAUUCAAGUGCAAAUUUUGUUCUCGCUCGCAUCAUAGUUUGCUUCAUCGGUCUCAGCCAGCUUCUCGGCCCUCGUCCCCUGCUGCUGAACCUACUACUUCUCAUGUUGCCUUGAAUGAAUCUUCUGCCUCGGUCCAUACCCAUAUGGAAAAAUCCUCGCCGGAACAGGUGCUGCUUGCUACUGCCAUGGUUCUAGUUCGUGACUCCACUGGUCGCUAUCAAUUGGGACGCGCUUUGUUAGAUUCUUGCUGUCAAUUGAAUUUCAUAACCGAUGAAUUUUCCCAAAAAUUACAUUUGUCUCGUACAAAACAAACUACUGAAGUCUCUAGCAUUGGUAACACUCUUAGCAAAUCUAAAUAUAGGUCGUCCACAAAUGUAAAAUCUCGAGUCACAGAUUUUGAAGUUUCCCUCUCAUUUUGUGUCACACCUCAUAUUUCAUAUCAACCUGAUAAUGAAUUAGAUGUCUCAUCCUGGAAUUUGCCCCCAAAUACUGAACUUGCGGAUGAAAACUUCUUCAAAUCAAAACGAAUUGAUUUACUUAUUGGUACUGAAACGUUUUUCGACAUUUUAGCAGUUGGUCAAAUAAAACUUGGCCCUAAUUUGCCUAAAUUACACAAAACACUUUUCGGAUGGAUUGUAGCAGGUCGUUAUGUAUCAAAACAACCCAAUAUUUGUGGCUCUUCUUGUAUGCUCUCGAUAGAAGAAGAUAUUGAUCUUAAAUUACAGCGCUUGUGGGAAAUCGAUGAAGUUCAAUCUGGCUCAAAUGAUUUGACACCAGAACAAUCUGAAUGUGAAACAUUUUUCAAUGAUACUGUUCAUCGUGAAUCUUCUGGUAGGAUUGUUGUUAAAUUGCCCUUCAAGGAAUCUCCUGACGCUUUAGGUCUUUCUCGAAAUAUGGCUCUUAAAAGAUUUGUAUCUCAAGAGAGACGAUUUGCUCGUGACAGCAAUCUUAAAUCACAAUAUGUUGCUUUUAUGAAGGAGUAUGAAGAUUUUGGACAUAUGAGUCUAGUUCGUAGCCCUCGUCUACACGAGCCUCAUUAUUUCAUCCCUCACCAUUGCGUUUUCAAACCAAGUAGCACUUCCACAAAGUUAAGAGUUGUUUUCGAUGCCUCGUGUCCAUCAUCGUCCCAGAAGUCUCUCAAUGAUCUUCUUAUGGUUGGCCCAACAAUUCAAGAUGAGCUGUAUAAAAUUUUACUUCGGUUCCGUCUUCAUCGCUUCGCUCUUACUGCCGAUAUAGUAAAAAUGUAUCGACAAGUCCUUAUUGACUCCCAAGAUAGAAAAUUCCAAUAUAUUUUGUGGAGAAAUUCAGAAGAGGAAGAAAUUCGAACAUAUCACCUAAAUACAGUCACCUAUGGAAUGUCAGCUGCGCCCUACCUUGCCAUCAAAAGCCUUCACUAUCUCGCAGACCAAUACAUGGACCAAUUCGAACUUGGUGCAAAAACCAUUAAGUCAUCAUUUUACGUUGAUGAUUUUCUUUGUGGCUCAGAUACGCUUGAAGAAUUGUCUCGUAUGAAGCUUAUGGUUGUUGUUUUUACUUUCGUGUUAAAACUUCUUCAGGAAAUGUUGUUGUUCGGCUCUUUACUGCCAAAUCUAGAGUUGCUCCUACAAAGCGAAAAUCGUUACCCAAACUUGAGUUAUGUGGCGCACAGCUUCUAGCAAAAUUGUAUUCCAAAAUCAAAAAUCUUUUCGCAAUACCAAAUCUGGAAGUCGUUCUGUGGACAGAUUCGCAACUAGUUCUUCACUGGCUAAAGCAACAUUCAUCUACUUUGUCAGUUUUUGUUGGCAAUAGGGUAUCAGAAAUUCAAGAUCUAACUAAUGGCUGCGUUUGGCGACAUGUCCCAACCCAGUUCAACCCUGCUGACAUCGUUUCUCGUGGUUCAACUGUGCAGGAACUCGCCUCAUCCAUCUGGUUCAACGGACCAGCAUUUCUCGCUCUCGAUCCUGUUCAGUGGCCCCCUACUAAAACUGAUAAACUCUCCGAAGAAAAUCAGCAAGUAUUCGACAAAGAAAAGCGGAAAACCGUACUUCAUCUUGAAACAAAAUCUAACUACAUCCUCGAUUCUGUUGGAAAAUAUAGCUCGUACUUAAAAAUCAUUCGUAUUAUUGCCUGGAUGUUUCGUUUUGCUCAAAAAACAAAAACUAAUAUUUCCAAUUCUGACUCUUUGCAGCCCCAAGAAUUAGAAAAUGCUAAACUUUGUAUCGUUUUCAACAUCCAGAAACUACAUUUUCAAGAUGACAUAACUCGAGCUCUAAAGAAGAAAGAUCCCCAAGGUGCUCUAAAGUGUCUGAACCCCUUCCUAGAUUCGUCAAAUGGUUUCAACUUGCUCAAGGUCGGCGGACGCUUGGAGUACGCGGCAAUUUCUGAAGGCCAAAAACACCCCAUAAUCUUGCCCAGCAAAUGCCAUUUCGUCUACUGUUACGUACGUCAUCUGCACAUCAGUAACUACCACGCUGGACCCAAGGCUCUAAUGUCAUUGAUUCGCCAACAAUUUUGGAUCAUCAACUCCAGGAAUUUGUGUCGCAGCAUUGUAAAUUCGUGCCCUCAAUGCAUUCGCUAUCGCCCAAAGUUGUUGCAACAAAUGGUGGGAAAUUUGCCUGUGGAACGACUCAACCCGUCAAGGCCCUUCGCAAGGUGUGCUGUCGAUUUUUGUGGUCCAGUCAACACCUACCUAAGAAUUAGAGGAAAGGUCCCCUACAAGACAUACAUCGCUAUAUUUGUUUGUCUCGCUACCAAAGCUGUCCAUAUUGAAGUGGUAUCCGACCUGUCAACAGAUGCCUUCAUUGCUGCCCUAAAACGGAUGAUUGGUCGUAGAAGUCUGCCCACAGAUAUAUUCUGUGAUAAUGCAACAAAUUUCGUUGGUGCAAACUCUAAGUUGGCUCAAUUAAAGUCGUUCCUUUUUGAGCCAAAAAAUUCAAAUUUUAUUACAAAUUAUUGCUCGAAUCAAUUUAUUAAUUUUCGAUUUAUUCCCCCUAGGGCACCACAUUUUGGCGGAUUGUGGGAGGCGGCCGUUAAAUCGGCCAAAGGUCACUUAACCAGAACCCUGGACAACACAAGGCUCACCUACGAAGAACUCGCAACGGCUAUGAUUGAGAUAGAGGCAGUUUUAAACUCGAGGCCCAUUUCGCCUCUAUCCUCAGAUCCCAGUGAUUUUGAAGCUCUUACACCAGGACACUUCUUGAUAGGCGCUCCCCUCCGUAGUUUGCCAGAACGUGAUGUCCCUACAAAUGAGAUUAACAAACUUGAAUAUUGGGCCCGAAUAAGCGCCAUCAAGCAACAAUUCUGGAAAAAGUGGUCCCAUGAUUAUAUAAAUGAGCUCCAGACUCGCAACAAAUGGACUAGCACCAACUCUAAUAUUACCCCUGGUUCCCUAGUCAUCAUCAAAGAAGAUAAUUUACCCCCGCAGCGUUGGCUCAUGGGUAAAAUCAUCAACAUUGUUCGUGGAAGAGAUGAUCGUGUUCGAGUUGUCGACAUCAAAACUACAAAAGGAGUUAUACGUCGCCCUAUCCACAGACUGGCUCUUCUAUCUUCUUGAAAGUGUCCUUUCAAUGGGGCCGGAAUGUUAGGUCACCGUAUAAUAAUUACUAACAUUAUUAUUUUGUUUUGUUUAAAUUUUCCAUUUUUUAUUGUAUUUAAAUUUAUUCAUAUUUUUGGCUCACUGUUGCCACUGUAAUUUGUCAUUAUUUUUUGUUCAUACUAACCACUGUACAUAUUUUUGGUAAUGACCCGUUAGUUUUUAUUAUUUGUUUCUCACUCCAAUUCUUAUUAUAAGCAUAUUGUUGUUGCUCUUAAAAAUGCAAUUUCUUAUUUUGGAGACUUAUUGCAUGUAUUUUGUUUUUGCAUAUUUUGAAUAUAAAUAAACAAGUUGAGUUGGUACAUUGGAAGUGAGAAACAAAUAAUAUUACAAUAACAACAGUGUAGCCCUUAUUUACAUGAUCAAUUGUUAGGCUUAAGAAAAGAAUUUUUAAAUAAAUAAAUCAUUGUCAUAGUUGAAUUCAA